AUGAAUAACCAUGGUUUGAUUUUGCAAAAACAAGUCGUUGAAGGCAGACUCAGUGUAUCUUGCAGUAAUGAUGUGUUGACCUUGGCUUUGGGUCCCGAGCAUCCAGGGAGAGUAAGAGGGGUAGGUGCUGGGAUUUCCCCUAGGCAAUACUUCAAUUUACCUAGACAACAGAGGGUAAAGUUUGCCGAUCAAUUGAAGGAAAGUGUAAGAAUUUUCCUUCAAGAAGAGACUAAGAAGAUGGAAGCUAGAUCAAGGGAAGAGACUUUAAGGAUGGAGGCUAGAACCAAGCAAUUGGUAGAGGCUGAGAGGGAAUAUUUACUGAGUCAGCUUUCCCAACUCAUCCCCAAUUUUGAUCCAAGCAUACUGAGUAAGACGGUUUUUUUUCCGUUGAUGUUUUAA